AUGGAAGGGAGGCAGAAAGAGUGGAGCGGAAAGGCUUUGAUGUUAAUGGGUCUUCUUCUUGUGAGCUUCGUCGGGAAAAUCGCAUCUCUUUCGGUGACCGUAAACGACAUCGAAUGCAUAUACGAGUACGUGCUCUACGAAGACGACACCGUUUCGGGGAACUUCGUGGUGGUCGAUCACGAUAUUUUCUGGGGCAGCGAUCAUCCCGGCCUCGAUUUAAUCGUGAGUUCCUCUUUUCCCAAAACGCAAUUGCAUAGAGAACAUCUAGACCCUAUAAAUGUUAAAAUUGCUGAGCUUAGAGAGGCAUUGGAGUCAGUUACAUUAGAGCAGAAGUACUUGAAAGCACGUGAUGUUCGGCAUCGUCAUACAAAUGAGAGCACAAGGAGGCGUGUUGUGAUGUAUACAGUGGGAGAGUAUAUAGCGCUGGCUGCUGCGAGUGCUUUGCAAGUCGUAUACAUUCGCAAGCUUUUUAGCAAAUCUGUUGGAUACAAUCGGGUUUGA